AUGGCUGUAGAUUUAUUGCCAGAUGCCUGUUGCAAGUAUAUGGCAAGAUCGACUUCGGAUCAUGCCCUAUUAUCUUUUGUUUUAAAUGCCUCGGCCACUCGUUAUGGUCUUUCUUCCUUUAAGUUCCAGCAAAUGUGGUUGUCCCAUUCUAACUUUAGGGACGUCGUUAAGACUAAUUGGAUCGCGACUGGUAACAUGGGGCUUUUUGGCCUGGCUUCUAAGUUGAAAAGAUUGAAAGUGGCAUUGAAAGAUUGGAAUCAUCAUAUUUUUGGAGAAUCAGAAAAGAAUAUUCAAGAUUUGGAGAAUCAAAUUGAACAAUUAGAAAGCAGUCUCCAGGAUAGGUUUUCUGAAGAUAUGGAGAGGGAUUUAUUGGUGGCCAAGGAAGAUCUGGCUAUCUGGAUGCAAAGAGAAGAAACUCGGUUGUCACAACGAGUGAAGCUUAGUUGGAUGGAAAAAGGAGAAGCUUCAACGUAUUUCUUUAAAACUUUUGCUUCUUUAACCAAGACUAUAGUACAUGAAAUGAGACUUCGAGAUGGGUCUUGUUUGGUCACCCCAGAAGCUAUUCAUUUAGGUGCUGUGGAUUAUUUCAGUUCUUUCUUCGGCUAG